CCCGCCGCUCCCGGCGCUGCGAGCGCGGGCCUGGGGACUCGGGAUCCCGCCGCCGGGGCCGCAGCAUGGGGCGCUUCCGCGGGGGCCUGCGGUGCGUCAAGUACCUGCUGCUCGGCUUCAACCUGCUCUUCUGGCUGGCAGGGUCAGCCGUCAUUGCUUUUGGACUAUGGUUUCGGUUUGGAGGCACCAUGAAGGAUUUCUCUUCAGAGGACAAGUCCCCAGAGUAUUUCUACAUAGGGCUCUAUGUGCUGGUUGGAGCAGGGGCCCUGAUGAUGGCCGUGGGCUUCUUCGGGUGCUGCGGAGCCACGCGGGAAUCGCAGUGUGUGCUCGGAUCUUUUUUCACUUGCCUACUGGUGAUAUUUGCUGCUGAAGUAACCACUGGAGUAUUUGCUUUUAUAGGCAAGGAUGUAGCUAUACGACACGUUCAGACCAUGUAUGAAGAGGCCUAUAAUGAUUACCUUAAAGACAGGGAAAAGGGAAAUGGGACUCUCAUUACCUUCCACUCAGCAUUUCAGUGCUGUGGAAAAGAGAGCCCUGAGCAGGUCCAGCCCACAUGCCCAAAGGAGCUUCCAGGGCACAAGAAUUGCAUUAAUGAAAUUGAGACCCUAAUCAGUGUUAAGCUCCGGCUCAUCGGAAUUGUUGGUGUUGGAAUUGCAGGUUUCACGAUCCUUGGCAUGAUCUUUAGCAUGGUCCUUUGCUGUGCAAUACGAAACUCACAAGAUGUGAUAUGAAGCUACUUCUACAUGAAAAUUACAAUCUAGAGCUUUCAUACAAAUGUCACAGGAGCUGUCUCCUGGCUCAUUUUUAAUAUUCAAAGGACAAUAGGAUCUAAAAUAAUUUGCUGUCCGUUGUACAUUUGCACAUGUAUGUAUGUUUGGCUCAUUACUGGUUUACCCCUUGAGUGAAUGCCUGUGUGUGUUGACUAAGCAUAUUCAUGUGUGAUCUGCCUGUUUCUGGUAUGUGCAUUAUUCAUAAUGAAAUCUGUUUGCUGGGAAUUCCUGAUUCUUGUAAUGUGAGAGGAACAACCUAUUUAACUCAGAAAAAGAUCAAAAAGCUUUGAUAAACUUUAAAAAUUUGGCUAUUCAAAAAAGUGAUAACGGGUCAUUUUCUCAGACUCUAGCCAUGGAAAGUUAGAUACAGAGAAUUCGGGGAUUUCUAGUUAACAGAAGCAAUAAGCUACAGGAAUUGAGAGAUCAUGGUGCAGUGUUAAAAUUGAUUGCGUCUGAGCUGGGUGAAAAGGUUUCCUGGGAUUUUUUAUAUACAUACUCUCCCCAGAAUAUAGUAAACCGCAGUUUUAGAACUAAACACAUCUGUAAAACUAAAUAUAGCAGGGAAAAUCUAAUUUGAAUGUCAUACUUUCCUAGUAUUUAAAAACAAGAAACUUCCCUCUGGAAAGAGUGGUCACACAGACAAUCAUGUGCCCUACAAAAGAGAAUGUUUAUAGGAUUAAAAAAUAAAAGUCUUUUAAUAAGUUUUUAAGGAAAUAUUUUUGUUCUUGUAUAAAGACAUUUAAAUAUU